UAAACGUUAUAAAUGUGGUGAACGAUCAUUGUAGAAGGAAGUUGAAAACGCGAUCAGGAGGAGAGGAUGACGGCGACUAAGGCAGGAAGUGAACUAGUAAAUAUUGCUGCAAGUCAGUCGCAUGUCGUUUUUCAGGUGCACAAUUUGUCGCGCGUUUACGGUAAUCAAUCACAUGGGAUUUUUUUUUUUUUUUACAAGCCUGAGAAGUUUGGCUCCAUCCAUACUGCUGCUGUGGUGUCACCCAAGUGUCCCUGAAAGAACAGAUUUUGCGCCUUCAAGAGGAGCUGGAUCGAGAGAGGGAGGAGACAAACUCCUUUCAGCUGGAGAAGGAAGAAAUUAACGCCAUCUCUGACAACAAACAGAGAGAGCUACAGGAUAUAAUAGCUGAACUGCAAGUGCUACAAACUGACAAAGCAAAGAAUGCACAGUGCCACCAAGCGGAGAUUAAGGUGUUUAAGAAGAGGAUGAAGCACCUCCUUUGUGAACAUCAGAACAUGAUCACUGAGUUGAGAGCAAGUAGUUUAGUAACUACAGAAAAGCAGCAGAAGGAGCAACAAAAAAUAGAGACUGAGCUUCAUAAGAGAAUGAAGAGCAUCAAGGUUGAUAUCGAGAAGAUUAAUGAUGAAUGCCUUGUCAAGGAGCUUAAACUGAAAGAUGCAGAAGAAAUGAUUAAAUUGAGGGACGAAUUGGAGAAGCAACUCAAAGAAACUGAAGCUGUGUAUGGGGAAAAGAUGGCGUUGAUCCUACAAGAGCUGGACAUCAUGAAGAACAAUGGGUUCAUUAAGAAUGAAGAUCACUGGAACAGCCACAUUGACGGUCUCAUAUCAGACCACAACAAAGCUCUCAAUGAAGCUAGUGAGCUGGGUAGAGACUUACUACAGGUUGUGGAUGGGAAUGAUUUACUCAAGACACAGAUUAAAGAAAUGAAGACCAAGCUGAAGGAAAAAGACCUGACCCUUUGUUUGUGUGAUAACAAACGUCUUGCUGAGCUUCUCUUGAAAGCUAAAGAAGAAAUCGCUGAAAUGGAGGCAAAAAUUAAACGCAGCGGAAUGGAAACUAACACCAAAGAAAAGAUCGCAGUAAAGAAGAUGAAAGAUCUAAAGCGGGAUCACGAGAAGCUGAAAGAGAAAUUCAACAAGCUUCAGCUUGAGAGGGAUGAGCUGAACAAGACGCACUCCCAGUCUAUUCAGAAGGUGCAGCAUAAAGCAGAUCUGAAGAACAUGCAGCUGGAAACGAAGCUGAAAGCUCUCACAGACAGUCUGGAGAAGACAAAUGCUCAGCUCUACUCUGUGGUCUCUGCCCCUAACAUGGACCAAACAGCCCUUCAUGAGGUCAUUAAGAACAUUAAGGAAAACCUUGACUCCAGCAAUAAUACCAUCAGGAUCUUACAGUAUAAAAAAGAUCAGAUUUCCAAGGCACGCAAGGAUUUGCUACUGUACUGUAAGGCCAAGCUAAGGGCUGUUGGUGUCCCAGUGGAGGAGCUUCGUCUUGAGCUGGAAAAAGUCAGGCACAGGUCUUAGAUCUUUGCUUUUCCCAAAAGUGAGAAAACAGACAUUUUAGAUAAAAACACCAUCAACAAAGCUGUGAAGCAGGGACUGUUUUCUUAAAGCCAAAGCAGCUUCAUUAAAAAAAAAUAUUUACCAGAAGUUGUAAACUUCAACAAAA